AUGUAUGAUCUUGAUGGAGCGUUGACAUGGUUGAAGGAGAUUGAGAGAAUCUUCCGUGUGAUGGACUGCACUUCAGCGCAGAAGGUUUGGUAUGGAACUCAUAUGCUAGUAGUCGAGGCUGAUGGCUGGUGGAUAGAGAUGUGUCAGAGAUUGGAAACUGCGGGUGCAGAGAUCACUUGGGAAAUGUUCUGUAGGGAAUUUAUGAGGAAAUAUUAUCCUGAAGAUGUUCGUGGAAAGAAAGAAAUUGAGUUUCUCGAACUGAAGCAGGGAAAUAAGUCGAUUACUGAGUAUGCUGCGAAGUUUGUUGAGCUGGCCAAGUUUUAUCCGCACUAUAGCGAGGCGACUGCUGAAUUUUCAAAUUGCCAAAUUUAUGAGGAGGAUAACAAUGCUCAUUACAAGAUCAUUAACGAGAAGAGGAGCAAGCACCAACAGAACCGUGGUAAACCUUAUGAUGCUCCGGUUGGUAAAGGUAAACAGAAAUUUGUUGAUGGUAAGAGAACUAGUGGGGGAGAUGCUCCUGCUGGUAUUGUGUGUUUCAAAUGUGGGAAACCUGGUCAUAAGAGUAAUGUGUGUAUUGCUGAAAUCAAAAGGUGUUUCCGUUAUGGUAAGCUCGGGCAUGCAAUAUUUGACUACAAGCAUAAGGAGAUGAUUUGCUUCAACUGUGGUGAAGAGGGACACAUUGUUAGUCAGUAUCAUAAACCAAAGAAGGAACAAGCUGGUGGAAAGGUGUUCGCUUUGGCUGGGACUCAGACCGCUAAUGAUGACAGACUCAUCAGAGGUACAUAUUUCAUUAAUAUCACUCCUUUAAUUACUAUUAUUGAUACCUGUGCUACUUAUUUCUUUAUUGCUGCUGAUUGUGCUGAAAGAUUGGGUCUUAUUUUGUCUUCUAUGAAUGGAGAAAUGGUCGUCGAUACUCCAGCUACGGGAUCGAUGACUACUUCUCUUGUGUAUGAACUGGUAGAGUAUAACCAUGUUGAACUGGUAGAGUAUAACCAUGUUCAUAUUAAUUGUUAUGAUAAGUUGGUGAGGUUUUCUACUCCUAAAGAGGAGGGAGUUGAUUUGUUGUCUGCUAAACAGUUGCGAUUGUUAAUGAAAGAAGAAGCGCAUGUGUUCUCGUUAAUGGCGUCUUUAUUUGUUGAGAACCAAGCGAUAAUUGAUGAGUUGUAA